AUGGUAACGUUCACAGAUAUCUUCGGGCCGCAACCGCCUGGUAUCGACCUAAGCGACAACCAGACUCCCCAGAUAAAUGCAACUGUUAUUGCCCUAUAUACCAUCGCCGCUGUCUCUGUAAUACUUCGAUUUGAUACGGGGAUUAAAGUCCAAAAGAUUAAAUUAGGGAUUGACGACUGGUUGAUUGCAGCGUCUCUUUCAAGUUUGGAGGAGCUGAUUGUUUGUCGACCUUCAGCGGGAUACUGCGGCCUCGGCAAGCAUGUGUGGAGAGGAACGCUUGAAGAUGCAGUGAAGAUGCGAAAGCGCAAGAUUCUGUUCGCUUAUAUCUUCAUCUAUCUAGUUCUACUUCCAUCCAUCAAAGUUUCGAUUAUCCUCCUCUAUCGUCGAAUCUUUGGAGUGAACUGGAUGAUGUGGGUCUGCCUGGCCCUCAGUAUCGGUCAUGGCGCUUGCUGCAUGAUUGCCUUCUCCUGCUCUUGCAAGCCGCUGUCAUACUUCUAUACGCAGUUUGCUGAUCCGUCGGGAGGAAAGUGCAUCAUUAAUCUGUAUGCAUUCUACCUUGGCAACGCGGCAAUAAAUGUCUUCACAGAUGUUGCCACAUUGCUUGUUCCGAUUCCGAUUAUCUCUAGACUCCAAAUUCGCCCGGUGCAGAAGAUGCUGAUCUGUGGUAUCUUCCUCUUAGGUGGCUUCUCGGAGUGA